UUUCUUCCCCCAACCCCAGUUUACUAAAUACUCAAACCACAACAUACGACUGUUCUAGCUAGCUAGCGAGCGAUCCAUUGAGCAUCGCAAAAAAAAAAAAAAAAAGGAGCUGCAUCAGUAUUCAGCUUUAGCUAGAAACAGAGAUUCUUGAAAUGGAUAGUUUCUACAGGUGCUCAUCUGCAACAUCUUCCUCGUCUGAUUCAUCGUCUUCUGAUUCUUCUUUGUCCGGUAAAACACCAAGAGAUGCUAGCAGGUCCGAGAGGAUAAAAGGGCCGUGGAGUGCGGAGGAGGACAAGAUCCUAACCCGCCUAGUAGAGAAAUAUGGGGCUAGAAACUGGUCCUUGAUUAGCAACUACAUAAAGGGGCGGUCUGGAAAAUCUUGCAGGCUUAGAUGGUGCAACCAGCUGAGUCCUAGCGUUGAACACCGGCCGUUUUCGCCGGAGGAAGACGACACCAUCUUAGCUGCUCAUGCAAAAUACGGGAAUAGAUGGGCAACCAUUGCUCGGUUGCUCCCCGGUCGGACCGAUAAUGCGGUCAAGAACCACUGGAACUCGACGCUGAAAAGAAGAUAUCAGCAACAAAAAGAGACAAAUCAUCAGCAACAGCAAGAGAACCAAAUGACGGAAGCAAUGGACAUUGCUGCUGAUGUCAAGAAUGAGUUCUCGGGAUUUGUGCCAUUUCCCGAGAGUAACAAUAAUAUUACUGCUACCUCGAGCUCGAGGGUGAAUUCCAGGGUGGUUCCUUUUACCGACUACGAUGAGUCCGACCCGAUGACGACGUUGUCCUUAGCGCCGCCUGGGAUGCAUAGGGGUCCCGGGUUGGGGGCGGAGGAGAACUUGCCGGCGGGGUUUUGGGAUGCAAUGAGAAAUGUGAUCGCCAGGGAGGUUAGGGAGUAUGUUGCCUCGUCGUUUUCGGCAACUUCCUCCGGGUUUCAUUAGCACGAGGAUUAAUGAUGCUUGUUGUUAUUACUCAAUUUGCUCUUAAUUAAUUUGUUUAUAUUCUCACGAUUAGUAAAAAAAAAGAAAAAAAAAUUCUGAAUGCCUCGAGUUGGAAGGAAUGGUGGUUUUAAUUAUUUUAGCAAUAUCUUUCACGUGAACCUGAUUAA